AUGAAGUGUUGCGUUUUAUCUUGUAAAAACUACUCGGAUAGACGAUCUGAUGCUAUGGAUGGCAUUACAUUUCAUGUAUUUCCAUCGGAUGAUAAUCUUAAACAACAAUGGAUGACAAAAAUUAAUAGACGAGACUGGACUCCAACAAAGUAUACAAAAAUUUGUUCUUGCCAUUUUAAUGAAGAAGACUUUGUCAUGACAAAAAAAGGUCUUAGAAAAUUAAAGAAGGGAACUUUACCUUCUUUAAAACUGGAUAUAUCGGUUAAUAGAAGGUUAUUGGAGCCUACAAUACCAUCACUCGAGCCUACCACAAGUGAUUUGAAUGAAUUUUUGAUACUACACGAUACGCCCAAGAAAAAAAAGUUGAAGCAAGAAAUAGAGCAACUUCGAUGGAAAGCAAAAAAAGAUGGAUUAAAAAUCAGAAGACUUCAAAUGAAACUUAAACGUUUGAAAAAAAAGGGCUUAACAGAUCUUGGUUACGAACACAUACCACCAGGACCUGAUAGACAAACGCAUAUUGUAAGAGCGCAACGAGCAAGAAGAUUAGGUGCAAAGACGCCACCCCCAUUCCCGAAUGGUUGGUUCGUUAUUGCUGAAAGUCAGGACCUGAAGAUUGGGGAGGUAUUACCAGUAGAUGCUUUAGGUCAAAAUCUAUGUCUAUACCGUGGAGACGAUAAUAUACCUCGCUGUGUGGACGCCUACUGUCCUCAUCUUGGCGCCAACCUGGCGGUAGGGGGCGCCGUGAUUGGAAACUGUAUAGAGUGCCCGUUUCAUAAAUGGAAGUUUGGUGAAGACGGAGCUUGUGUCAGCGUACCAGGGGUCGAAAAAGGUCCCGGCCACGUCCGUUUACUUCUGUCUACCAGUUUCGGUCCGCUGCUCGUCUCUCAGUCGGUGACUCCGUUGGGUCCACUGGUCCAAAGAGUGGUACAUAGAGUGUACUCGCCGUGGUACAACGCCCCGUUCGCCGCUAUGAUGGUGAAAAUAGAAGCUUAUAUGUUCGAACGAGACGUCGCCAUAUGGAAUAGAAAAGUAUUCGUUUCAGCUCCAUCCUACGUACGGACAGACAAGACUAUACGUGCGUUUCGUUCGUGGUUCGCACAAUUCUACAGCGAGAACAGUAAAAGUUUCAGAGAUGCAAUACAGAACCCUCUGGACUGGUGA